ACACUGCUCGCGAAAGUGCACACGACCAUGGCGUCCAUGUAUGCGCAGAGCGUGUAUGGCUUCGGCGCUCAUCUCGACCGGCGGCCUACCGUGUUCGUGCCGGAAUUGCCUUCCAAAAGCUUGUGCUCGUUGUGUGGCCUGUUGCCCGCAGCGUCAUUCAUUCUGCCCUGCAAGCAUCUGCUGUGCGGAUCGUGUUUCUACCAGUACCGCCAAAUUAGCGACCGUUGCCCCCUGGACCAGCGAGUCUUCAGACAGGAGGAAGUGGCUCCCGCGCUCAUCAAGAAGGACGCCAUCCUCGGCUUCAGGAUACGCUGCUGGAACGCGGGCAACGGUUGUGACGCCGAGGACACCGUUUCCGCCAUGCUGGACCACUUCGUCAACGCCUGCAUGUUCCACACCAUGAACUGCCAGAAGUGCGGCGAGAAAAUGCUGCAUCGGGAACUUCCGGGUCACGUGAUGUCUGGCUGCGCAGCCACCUGGUCUCCUGGAAUGUACGAUAAGGGUACCCUCGCCAGCAGCUUUCUCAACGUGAAGGAAACGCUGCAAAAGACGUCGCGAGAGAGCGCUUCUCUGCAGAUGGUGCUCGCAUUGUUCGAGUUGCGCAUGUACGAGAUGAAGGAGAUGAUAGAUCACCUAUCGGCGACUGUAUGCCGUAUGAAAGCUGAUGUCGACCAAAUCAAGGGCACUACGUGCGCUCCUCAGAUUGAUUCCUGGAUCAGUGAAGCAGGAGCUAUUAUCUCUACAAAUGAGAAUAACUUCAUGACCUUUUUUAAGAGAAUUUUUUACACUCAAGUCCCGUCGCUAAAUAAGGCAGCACAAUAUGUGGCAGAAAAUCGCGCCGUGAAAUGUGAGAAAACCAAUCCUGCUUUAUUGAAGUCUUCCAGUCCAGUAUUCCCUGGAACAACGUACCCGAUCCAAAAGGCUACCGCCGAAGGGUUGAAUGUGCCAGAUAAACCUCCCCUGAUGAAUCCACAACCAUCGCUUCUGGGGCCACAGCAUGAUAAUAAGGUCAGCGAAAUCCAAGAAUGCUGCGAUGUCAUCAUAGAGAACUGGACGCAUUUCAGUGCUGGCUAUGCUAUAGCGGACAUUCGGAAUGGUCGAUGUGAAUGUCACGUGCGUAUACAUGGUUACGGUUUCUUGCUUAUUCCUAUGUUACAAACUGUAGACGGAAUAAGCCGGGUACACUUCACUGUGUAUGCGUUCAAGCGCUUCUUUAAUACCACGCAUGAGCCGCCCCCAGAUUGUGUGUUAAGGAUGCGGCUAGUUAGCCGCGCAGGUGGCGCAAAUGAUGCUUGUUUGAAAGAACAAAUAUCUUGUGUGAAAGCAAGCUUUCCGCGGAACGUUAUGGGCGAGGAAACGCUUUACUUUUUCACCUGCCGGAAACCGCUGAACAGCACACUUGUACAAACAGAUGGUUUUGUCUCGGGAGACAAAGUUCAGGUGCGUUUCAGCGUGACAAGCUUGUAGCAAAUUAGUUUCGUUGGAUUCUCAAAUACAUCAUGUCCCGUACCGUAGUUCGCAACAGCUACAUCGUAAUCUAUGCUCUUCUUUUAUACAGUGAAGAACGUCCAACUUGUUCACUUUCGCAAUGGAGGACAACGCCUGCAGUGAGCGGCUCGACCUGCACCUACGUGGCUAUUUCAUAGACCAAGAGAAUGAUUUUUAUGUUUUUAAGGUGUAAAAUGGCAUCCUGAUGUCCUCACUGGCGUGUUCUUUAGCUGGCUACGUAUUUACAGUAGCAACUGUAAGUGAAAUAAAGAAUCAUG